AUAAAACUUCAAUUGUUUUCUCGAUUGACCAGUUCAACUUCUUGUUGUCAUUACUCGGUGCACUUUUCAAGCCGACGGCAAAAAAACCAAAACAAAGCCGAUAUUUCCACAUUCUCGAUAUUCGCGAAUUUUGAGUUGGUGCGCGCGUGCUUGUGCGUGUGUGUUCCUGAUUUGCGAGCGAUAAACAGUUCAAAUUCAACUUAUACGAUGACUAAAUUUAGCUUUUUGGUAGUAGCAAUUUUGGCGGCUGUACUGAGCCUGGUUCAGGUUCAAUGCUAUCCGUCACCAGCAGCAGCCGCCGUCGCUGACGAGCAAUUACGAAGAAUGGCCGCACCAGGUAGUCCGAUAAAUGCCGCAUCUACGGUAGGAGGACAGCAGCCGCCAUUACCGGCUGGUGUAGCCGGACCCAACCAAGAAACGCUGAAAGGCGAAAGCUCCUACGGAUAUGGUUACGCAUACCCUUACUACGGAUACUACUAUCCGAGAUAUUACGCAUAUGGUUACGGAUAUCCGUAUUAUUCUUCGUACUACAGCCACUGGGGAUGGCCAUACUACAGAUAAGCAGACAACCACACAGUCAAAAGUAGUCAGUAACCAAAGCCACAACGACCGUUCCUCCGCUACUUUCCAGCUACCAGAUUGCUGCUCCAAUGCUCCAGCGCUCCUGCUACCUUAGCGUACUAUUUCGCAUAAGCUACCUAGACCUGUACCUAUAACCUGAUACGUACCUACACCGUACAAUACGAAUUUGUCUAGAUUCACACAAGUUGCCUCCUACUAAGCAUACUUAUCUACUGUUACUACAGAUAUUUAAGUGUAUACUGUAUGUGUACAUAUUUGUGUAAGUGAUCUAAGGUACCUGUUAAAUGCAAUCAUUUACCGAUUUAUUCGUAUCAAAAUAUGUAAAUUGGCAAAUCAAUACGAGCAAAAUCACGCGUACGUAUGAAAGCUGAUUCUGCACAUUCUACAGUACACACCACACAGCAUACAACACGUGUAUCUAGGUAUUUUUUUAAAUUAAUAGUUGAAUUUAUCGCAACAAUGGCCAUAUUUAGGUAUUUGGUGUAUGUAAAAAAGUAUAUGUACCUGGAGUAUGUUUGUAAUUUCUAACGCAUAAGACACAAUCUACCACAGGAGAGCCAUAUCACAUCGAGUACCUCUACCUAGUACCUACCUUCGUACACGUGUAUCCCUCUGUGUAAGUCCAGCUUGUACCUUACCUAUCUACGUUAUUUUUUAUAUUAUGGCAUUUUUAAUAAAAUUGCAUUUUUGCUCGUUUGCGAA